GGACUUCUACAGGGACUAAUAAGUAAAAAUAACCCUUGGCUGUUUUUUGCAUUUGGAAACGAAGCUGGGAUAAUUAGGAUGUAUUUGGGAUUGAGAUACUUGGAGAGCCUUGUGGGGGCUUUAGAAGGAGGGGCUUGGGCCUUGGCCUCCAUAGGCUUGGGCCUUGUCCUAUGCCUUAUCCCCUUCAAUAGCCUCAUACCCUUUCAAUCCCUAUAUGUACAAAUGUCCGUCCUCAGUUCCAUCCAUGUGAAACUCCUUAUCCUCAGCUCUAUCAAACCGCCCCUAAUAAACCUCAAUGUUUUAAGACUCCUUCUAUCAACAACAAACAACCUCAAAAUAUCAUUACUCAAUACCCCCCGCACCAAUAACAUCACCUCCUCCCCCACCACCAACCCUAAUCCCAAUAAAACAAGACUUGACUAACUACAAUUUAGCAACAGAACAACCCUUAUUUAAGCCUAUAAAGGAGGAGCAAAAUAAAGCAUUUGGACAAAUACAGAUAAAUAAAAUAUCAUCAUUACCAGCCUCCUCCCCUUCAAUAGCCUCAUCCCCCUCAAUACCUAUACAAAUGUUUCCGCCUAGCUACGAAAAGGAAGAACAAAUAAAAUUUCAGAAAAAAGGCCCAAUUCAACUGGCUACAUUUUUUGGUUAUGGAAUAGGGGGGAAUUAUGGGAGGAAUGGAAAUAAUAAUGAAAAUAUACCAAAUAAAAUUACUAAAUUUGGAAGAGAAGAAGAAGGCAAUAAUGAUGAAUUUAUUGAUGUUACUAAUAAUGAAAAGAUUGAUGAGAAAGAAGGAGCUGUUCUGGUUUAGAUAAAUUAUGUGAA